AUGGCAUCCCAGGUCCUGCUGGAGCUCCAGCCCUCCAACCAAAGCCAGCCGUCCCCUCCCAACACCACCUCCUGUGACAAUGCUCAGGAAGCCUGGGACCUGCUACACAGAGUGUUACCAACAUUCAUCAUCACAGUCUGCUUCUUCGGCCUCCUGGGAAACCUUCUGGUCCUAUCCAUCUUCCUCCUGCCCCUGCGGCGGCGGCGGCGACUGAACGUGGCAGAAAUCUACCUGGCCAACCUGGCCGCUUCGGAUCUGGUGUUUGUCUUAGGCUUGCCCUUCUGGGCAGAGAAUGUCUGGAACCAGUUCAACUGGCCUUUCGGAGGGCUCCUCUGCCGCACAGUCAACGGGGUCAUCAAAGCCAACCUGUUCAUCAGCAUCUUCCUGGUAGUGGCCAUCAGCCAGGACCGCUACCGGGCGCUCGUGUACCCCAUGGCCAGCUGGAGGUGGCGGCGGCGACGGCAGGCCCAGGCCACCUGCGUGCUCAUCUGGGUGGCUGGGGGCCUCCUGAGUACACCCACGUUCCUGCUGCGCUCCGUCAAAGCCCUCCCUGAUCUGAACAUCUCUGCCUGCAUCCUGCUGUUUCCCCAUGGGGCCUGGCACUUUGCGAGGAUCGUGGAGUUGAACGUGCUGGGUUUCCUCCUGCCUCUGGCGGCCAUCAUCUUCUUCAACUACCACAUCCUGGCCUCUCUGCGAGGGCGGGAGGAGACCAGCAGGACCCGAUGUGGGGGUCCCCGGGGCAGCAAGACCACGGCGCUGAUCCUCAUGCUAGUGGCUGCCUUCCUGGUCUGCUGGGCCCCCUAUCAUUUCUUUGCCUUCCUCGAAUUCUUGGUGCGGUUGCAAGUGCUCCAGGGCUGCUUCUGGGAGGAGUUCACUGACCUGGGCCUGCAGCUGGCCAACUUCUUUGCGUUUAUCAACAGCUGUCUGAAUCCGGUGAUUUAUGUCUUUAUGGGUCGGCUCUUCAGGACCAAAGUCUGGGAAGUUUAUCAACGAUGCACACCUAAAAGUCUCAUACCAAUGUCCUCAUCCCAUCAGAAAGAAAUCUUCCAAAUGUUCUAG